CCGCUAUCCAUUGGUGAGGCCAUGCUAUGAUUGGGGCGUCCUACCUUGCCUGUCAUUAAGUUUUUGUGCUUUGGUUGCUACAAGUCAACGCAUCGUCGUUACCGUCACCCUCCGCUCCGCAUAAAUCUUCCCCUUAAUUGCUCACAUCCAUAUUUCAACAUGCCGCCGCAUCUACAUCCCCGGUCACGGUCAACGUCCUCCCUCUUCGCCGGGACGCUCCUGGCUUCCUUGGUCGUCGUCGGCCUACCACAUGUCUUUCCCUGUCCCGCCCCGCGUCGCACAUUCGCCGAUUCUGAGAUGAUAAUGUCGGCAGAUGGGCAACCUAUCCAGAGAAUCCGCAGACGACGUCGGAAAGACGAAGAACUCCUUGGCCAGGAUGGCAAUCCGCUCGGCCAGACGCAGCCUGCAGCCGAUGAAGAGGUGUCUACGUUCCUACAAUUGGAAGAAGAAGCACAGAGAUUGGCCAAGGCAGGCCACGAGUGUCCUGUUCCCAAGCCUCGAGGGAUUCUGGGCGAAUUGCUGGGUUUUACGAGUAGUGGAGGUAUUUCGACAUCAACGACGACACAGGCACAACAGGUUGGAGAGGGUCGGUAACCGACAAUUGGAAAGCAAGGAGGACUCAAUCAAGGCUAA